UUGUCACCAUGGCUCGGGAGAACGGCGACAAUAGCACAUCGUGGAAGAAACAAGUGGAGGACAUCAAGAAGAUCUUUGAAUUCAAGGAGGUCCUCGGAUCGGGAGCAUUCUCAGAAGUGGUGUUAGCCGAAGAUAAGGUGACCGGUAAACUUUUUGCAGUGAAGUGUAUCCCAAAGAAAGCUCUAAAAGGGAAGGAGAGCAGCAUAGAAAAUGAAAUUGCUGUUUUAAAGAAAAUCAAGCAUGAGAACAUCGUUGCCUUGGAAGAUAUCUAUGAGAGUCCCAGUCAUUUGUAUCUGGUCAUGCAGCUGGUUUCUGGAGGAGAGCUCUUUGACCGGAUAGUGGAAAAAGGAUUUUACACUGAAAAAGAUGCAAGCACGCUCAUCCGCCAGGUGUUAGAUGCUGUUUUCUACCUUCACAGACUUGGAAUUGUACAUAGAGAUCUGAAACCUGAGAAUUUGCUGUAUUUUAGCCAAGACGGAGAAUCAAAGAUUAUGAUAAGCGAUUUUGGUCUCUCCAAGAUGGAAGGUAAAGGAGAUGUGAUGUCUACAGCCUGUGGAACCCCUGGGUAUGUUGCUCCAGAAGUGCUUGCACAGAAGCCCUACAGCAAAGCAGUAGACUGCUGGUCUAUCGGGGUCAUUGCAUAUAUUCUCCUCUGUGGAUAUCCACCUUUCUAUGAUGAAAAUGACUCCAAACUCUUUGAACAGAUACUAAAGGCAGAUUAUGAAUUUGAUUCUCCAUAUUGGGAUGACAUUUCAGAUUCAGCUAAAGAUUUUAUCAGCCAUUUGAUGGAAAAAGAUCCCAACAAGAGAUAUACCUGUGAACAAGCACUGCGACACCCAUGGAUUGCUGGUGAUACGGCGCUAUGUAAAAAUAUUCAUGAAUCUGUCAGUGCACAGAUCCGGAAAAACUUUGCAAAAAGCAAAUGGAGGCAAGCAUUCAAUGCUACUGCAGUAGUGAGGCACAUGAGGAAAUUGCACCUUGGUAGCAGCCAGGACAGUUCAAAUAUGUCUAGCAGUCUCAACCCUGCAAGUGCUCUUCCAGAUGGCACAAGUCCCAAAGACUGUAAGUCUCCAUCAAGCCCAUAUAGCUUCCUGACUGGAGUUACUCCCUCUUCUACAGCCAAUACUGCAGUAGGUGGAGAUCGAAGACCGAGACCUGCCUCAGUUGCAGCAGUGCAUUCUGGGAGCAAAUGAGCAGCCAAAGAAA